AUGUCAACGACUUCUGAGGAGGAAGCUGGAGUUUCCGAGGUCCAGUCGCCCCCUCCCAGGCCAAGAGAUCCUCCUAAGAUCCCACCUCCACCCAGCGAGGAUCCACCGCCAUACACGUAAGUUUAGUUUUUUUUUCAAAUGUAGAUUUUUGCAUAAGCUUUAGUCAUGGAUAAUAUAAAAAUUACUUUCUUAAUGUCGAAAAUAGACACUUUUCUACGAAGUGCAAAACGGUUUAAAACUCUAUUCCUUGCAUCUUAUAUAAUAACAUGAUCCCAUAUUAGAAAAAUUUUUUUUGGAUCUCAUCACAUUUUUGUCCAAAAAAAGUCAAAAUUUUGCAAUUCUAUGGCAUUACAAGUUCUGACCGUUGCUCCAAAAAAUAAAAUACGCUAACUGACUUUAGAUCCCAUCACAUCCAGACCUCAGCCCUCCUUAAUGACGCCCCAAAUCAGCCACAGCCAGAUCGGCGCUCAAAUAAUCGAAUUCGCCCUCCAGGUAAAAUUAAGCGCAAAAUUUUUUAAAUUUUCUGCUUAGGUAUCCAUAGAUUCACACAGUAUUUGAAUAAAAGAAAUCUGAUCAUCACUUUGAUCGCUCUUGCCAUCGUAUUAAUCGCUGGUCUUGUGCUGUUCAUAAUGAGUGAAUCUGCUGAAGGCUAUGAGCAUGAGACCGAGUCCAUUGAAGGAGCUCUGCCGUUAACUGUGAAAUGGAAAUUACUCGGGGAGUUUAAAGAACAUGGGUAAGUUUAGAGAGCAUUUGGGUCAAACAAUUAUAUUACACUUGACAUUAAUGAUGACUUUGAUGUCUAAAGUAAUAUAAAUUUUCUUUCUUUCAAAUCUUAAAAUACGUCUUCUAAGCCUCGUUGGCUAUUCAUAAGGCCGAAUAAAUUUUCUUAGUCCAAUAAUGCAGUAAUUAAUUAACUUUGAUGGCCAAAGAAUAUGGGCUUUAAGAAAGCAGUGCAUUUUGCGUUGUAAAAUACGUCUCCCGUUGCUUUACAUGAUUGUGCAGCCAUGUUAUCAUCUUUUCAAUAGCCUCUUUCCAAAAAAUAAUAAUAUUACCUAAACUUGUCUUUAGAAAGUAAUAUGCGUCGCUUUCAGGCAGAAACUCUCCUUUGACGAAAAUACGGACUCUUUGAUCUUGUCCAUGUACCAUCCUCAAGACCAUGAACUUUCCUCGGAAACCCUGAGCAUUCAGAAUUACAUGGAUGGCUAUACGUGAGCUGCCCACUUUCUUUCUCACUGUGUUAGUCUUUAGAUACCUCAGCAGUAAUAUUACGGAUGUCUACCAAGAUUGUCAGCGGUUUACUCCAGAUGUUUUCUGUUGCUCCACCUCCAAACAUGGUCAUGUCCAUCGGACUGAUUGUUGGAAUGGGGAGAGAGGUAAGAAGUGCUGCAAAAACCUACCUUUUGUUACACGUAUUUUACAAUAAACCCCUUCCAGAAAGGACAAUUCACACUUCCGCAUCUCAUUAUGACUUUAGUUCCAACUGGCAGAGCCUUUAUGACGACCAUAAAUUGGUGCUAAUCUUUAUAAAUCAAAGACAUGCUUGGCUCGAUUUGAAUGAUGGACGGUGAGGAGAACGAGUUGAAGAGUAACAGCGUCGAUAAUUUUUCAGAAUCUACAAGAUCGAGGAAAAUCGAUUGCCAAGAGAUUUCGCGUCGGCCGGCUUCUUUUUCCCCAUGGAUAAUGUCCAGGAAAUGAAUGAAUUGGGUAGGUAAACAGGAAGGAGUCAUGCUGGGAUUGGGUAGUUUUGCUUUGAAUUUUUUUGCAAGCCACAUAUCAAUUUUCAAAAAAUUUUUUGGUGCUGUGCAGGACUUGCCAAAAUACCCACGGAAGUUUUCAAAGAAGAUGCUCUGAAAAAUGACUUCGGUGUUGGCACUUUUCUGUGCUCUUUUUUAUCCAAAAAUACUAAAGUCAGUUUUGCUGACUUAAUUUUUUGAUAAUUCUGCAAGCUAAAAGUUUGUUUGAAAAUUAGGUUCUACUAGAAAGCGUCUUCAAAGCACGUUGACUCUAUUCUAUGCUGUUUCAGUUCGAAGUGGCCAAGAGUUCCGGAUGUGUGAAUAUCUCCGAUCGCCCACUGGAGAUUACUCAUUGAGAUCCACAGAUUGCAAAAAGACCAGGUAAGUUUUAAUCUAUUAUGCAAUACUUAUCCCAUAACUCAUCAUCAAGCUCAAUAUACAGGGUGUACCAAAUUCGGUGCCCGAUUUGAAUUGGCUAUAACUUCUUUAAUUUUGGGCCAAAUUUUAAAAUUCUUUUUUUCCCUGAAUCCUCAGACAACCCCAUUUUGUCUGAUACCAAAUAUGUUAUACAUAGGUAAGUGUCAUCUACAGUUAUUGCAUUUAUUCUUGAAAUUCAUUUUUUUGGUCGUUUUUCGGUUGUUUUUUCGGCCUUUCCCGGUGUGUCCGAAAAUGGAGUACGGUGCGGAAGAAAAAUACGGUGGAAUUUCCCCUCCUGAAAAUCGACGAUGAGAAUAAGCACAAAAAGUGAAUAUCAACCCCCAGAGUUCGUCGAAUGGUCCUUGGUGAAGGCAUUCCCUCGGUUCUGGCCAAACUUCGUGUACUCAUAUGCGGAUUUUCUCGGAAUUUUGACAAAACUUCUUCCAUUUUCAGCUACGUUCGUACCCAUCUUUCCUGCUUUUUUUGUUUCCUGCUAACACUGCCAGUCUCAAGGAACUUAUUCCACCAACGCCGAAAUGUCUUGCGAUCUGGGUUGGGCCUUACGUCCGUAUUUCAUCCUGUAUUCCCUUUGAACAUUUAUCGGCGAACCGUACUUGCCAUACCAAACCACAGACCAAGCUUUUUCUUCCACACCGUACUCCAUUUUCGGACACACCGGGAAAGGCCGAAAAAACAACCGAAAAACGACCAAAAAAAUGAAUUUCAAGAAUAAAUGCAAUAACUGUAGAUGACACUUACCUAUGUAUAACAUAUUUGGUAUCAGACAAAAUGGGGUUGUCUGAGGAUUCAGGGAAAAAAAGAAUUUUAAAAUUUGGCCCAAAAUUAAAGAAGUUAUAGCCAAUUCAAAUCGGGCCACGAAUUUGGUACACCCUGUAAUAUCUUUGUAGAUUCACAGUCGACUUUGACCUCCGUAAAGUGAAGUUCUGCUCGAAUCCCAUCUACACAGCUGUUGUCCAAUAUGGCCAUAUGGGAGAAGAGAGAGAUCUGACUUGGCGAUUGCGUCUUAAUUUUGACAACAACAAAGAUGUCUAUGGAACUCAAGAAGUGCUCGAAAGUGCGUACGAACAGCUGGUUUUGGAUUGUAACGAUGAUACGAUCGAGGUCUAUGUUGUGGGGAAAUACGAAAUCAAUCAGUACACAAUCACUCUGCCAGACCCGAGUUUCAGCGAUUCGAGGCUUCAGACGAGGUUAAGAUGA